GUGCUGCAACGAACCAGCUGAACGAGCGGGCAAGUGAGUUCGGAGAUGGCUGCGAUCGAUGACAAAUGGACUUCCGUAGCGAUUUCUGCGGAAGCGUGUUCGAGAAGUAUCAUGUUCUCCCAGUCCAAGUGGCUUCCUUGGAAGUCAAUACGGAAUCUAUCCAGCCUGAGGCGGUGUUUUUCCAUAAUUUACGUGACUUUUUGCUGCUACCCGGGAACGCCGAUCUCCUGAGGACUGAUCGUGACAGUUUCAUCAAAGGAUUUGCUGAGUUUCGCAGGACUGGUGCAGAUAUUUCAGACUGCCGCGAGGCUGCUGAGAUGGCUAGCCAGUUCUGGAUGACAACAGCAUGUCAGGAUAUCCGUGACGAGGGAGAUGAGAUUGCUCCUAUGCAGGAAAAGCUGAUAGAGUUUGCACUCUCUCAUUCGAAUUGGUUUUUGGCGAAAAUGUUCCAGCGGUCUGGAGCUGAUAUCACCAAUGAGAGUGAUUCGGCUCUUGCUUUGAAAAUGUUUGACUUCCUCAGGAACGAAACUAUUUUUAGCCAAAGCAUCGAUGAGUUAUGCGCUUUGACACAUCUCAUUGAUUUUGAUCUGCUGGGAGCCGAUGAUCAGCGCUUCCCACUGCGAAUGCUGAUGUGGGAUGACUAUCGUCAUUGGAAUAAGGAAGUCGGCUGGUUCGCAGAGAUCCGAGAUCGUGAGACAGACCUCCCUAUCGCCAAAGCAGAUGGUUGGGGCCCUCCUUUUGAUGGGACGAAACUCGAGAUCUUGGCCGAGGAAGCUGUUGAACAACGUUAUAAGCCACACAGCAAUGUUCCUACGGUGCAAAGAGCAUCGGGAUGUUUUUCGGACUUUGAUUUCGACGGAGAACGGACAGUGCUUUUUUGUAACAAAGACUUUUUUGACUUCGAUAGUACCAAUGUCACCGACAUCUUCACAGUCUUAGGAAAUGGCAAAAUGCUGGCCAUAUGGGAGCUUCGUAAAGCUUAUUUCGUGAGGUACGAGCGCGACCACAUUUCCUUCUCUGGCCGAUCUGAGUUUGAGCGGUUAAUUCCAGUUGCUGCUUCACUGUGUUAUCUCCAUAAUCCAGAGAGACGGGGCGGUGACUUCGACUCUGUUGUCAGGCUGUUUGGGCUUCGCACAUCGUCGCUGGAACAGGCACGACAUCGAGAUGGAGAUAGACAUGGACGAAACCGGAGACGUUUCGAGAGCAUCUUCAAAGGAACAUGCUGGGAGCAAUUGCCUGAAGAGCUGAUCGGGUCGAUAGUGGAGUUUCUGCCAAAUCCCCAACGACACAGGCUCAGGCCUUCUAAGCCCCAGGCGUGACACAAAGGAUGCUUCCCACCAGUAACCAGUACUCAAUUGAAUGUGGAAAGACAUUAUGUGGUCAUAGGGGCUACCUGUACAUGUAUGUCUGUCUAUACACAGCGCCAAAAUGUGCACGGCUUUUGUGUACAUGUUUUUUUGCUUUUUUGUUUUGUUUUUAUCCUUCUGCAGGUUCACCUCUGGAAACCUUGUUACGAGUUCUCCUUCCUCUAAAUGAUGAGGUUCAAUGAACUUCUCAUAACACC